AUGCAUCACCCCACUCUCUCGACUGCAGCCGUCGCCCUCUUGGCUGCCCUGCCUGCUGCCAAUGCAGGCCUCUAUCCCAAGAGCUCUGCCGUGCUCUCGGUCGAUGCAAAGAACUACGACAACUUGAUCGCCAAAUCCAACCAUACCUCCAUCGUCGAGUUCUACGCCCCCUGGUGUGGUCACUGCAAGAACCUCCAGCCCGCCUACGAGAAGGCCGCCAAGAACCUCGCCGGCCUCGCCAAGGUCGCCGCCGUCGACUGUGACGAUGACGCCAACAAGCCAUUCUGCGGCACCAUGGGCGUCCAGGGCUUCCCGACCCUGAAGAUCGUGCGACCCGGCGCCAAGAAGGGCAAGCCCGUCGUCGAGGACUACCAGGGCCCCCGAACCGCGAAGGGCAUCGUGGACGCCGUCGUGGACAAGAUCAACAACCACGUCCAGCGGGUCUCCGACAAGGAGAUUGACACCUUCUUGUCCACCAAGAACGAGUCAGCCAAGGCCAUCCUUUUCACGGAGAAGGGCACUACGAGCGCGCUACUGAAGAGCCUCGCCAUCGAUUUCCUCGACAGCAUCACCGUGGGACAGGUCCGCAACACACAAAAGAAGGCAGUCGAAUUGUUUGGCAUUGAGAAGUACCCAACCCUGGUCCUCCUCCCGGGCGGCGACAAGGACAGCAUCGUGUACGACGGCGAGCUCAAGAAGGAGGCUAUGGUCAAGUUCCUGUCACAGGCCGCAUCUCCCAACCCGGAUCCCGCGCCCAAGAAGAGCAAGACGAAGUCCUCCACCCCGAAGAAGCCAGCCAAAGCUGCAGAGACGGAGCCCGAGACGGAGCCCUCCGCCGAGGCAGACGAGAAGAUCACCGAGCCGGUGGGCGACGAGAACAUCCAGAAGCCAGUCGUGUUCGAGGGCCCCCUCCCGAUCCCCAUCAUCAACUCGGCCGAGAAGCUGGCGUCGAACUGCCUCAGCCCCAAAUCGCACACCUGUGUCCUGGCCUUCGUCCCUAAGGAGAACCGCGGCGAGCCGGCUGACAAGGCCCUGGCUGCACUUGCACAGCUCGCCCACAAGCACGCCCAGAGCAAGCGCCACCUGUUCCCCAUGUACGAGGUGCACACCGACGAUGCACACUCCAAGGACGUCCUCAAGGCCCUCGAGCUGUCGGGAGACGUCCAGGUCCUGGCCGUCAACGCCCGCCGGGGCUGGUGGAGGCUGUACGAGGGCAAGGACUUUGGCCACGAGAGCAUCGAGAGCUGGGUCGACCAGAUCCGGAUGAGCGAGGGUGUCAAGCGGAAGCUGCCCGAGGGUGUCGUCGCUGCUGCUGCCGAGGAGACGGAGGCUUCUUCCGAGGCCACGCCGGAGCCUUCACCGGAGCCCACGCCCGAGGCCACCGACGGCGAGGCUACUGAGAGCAGCGCUACCACUGAGCCCGAGGUCACGCCCGAGGCGGAGAAGAUCUCGGAGAGCAACACGGAAGAGGAGACGUCGUGGAAGGGUGCGGACCCUACUAUUCAGGAGGAGACUGCGGAGGAGAAGCCGACCGAGUCCGUUCAUGACGAGCUUUGA